UAGACGCCAUCACGGAAGCGGUCUCGCGGUGCCGGUGCGUGGCGGUGGUGAUGACGCCGUGCGUGCUGGAGAACCCGUGGCUCCUGUGGGCGCUGCACAGGGGCGUGGACGCGGCGCUCACCUCCAAUACUCGCCUCUUCGGGGUCGUGUUGCAGGACAUCCGUCAGUUCCCAAAACAGCCGGAGAACAGCAAAGCCAGGAGCAUCCUGAAGACACUCAGGAAGAUUGACGUCCCGCUGUGCCUUCGCCUGGUGGAUGACGCCACCCCCGCCCCCGCCGUCGAGCCGAUCACGGAGGAGCCGCCGAGGUGCAUCGAGAACAGGAACCUCAACAUCCCCGACAGGAUCCCCCCCGCCCUCAGAUCCCGCUCGAAGUCCCCGAAGAACCAGCGUCUUGCCAACAUGAUCCUCGGGAGCAACAACACGUCCAGAGAGAAACGGGAAAGGAGGUGUAACAGACAGAAGAAAGAGAUAGAAAACGCGGAACUGGGGCUCAAGAAAGAACUGGGGAAGAAGAAGGAGGAAAGUAGGAAUUCGAAGAAGGACGGGCCCGUUGUCUUCACUGAGAGUGACGAUCUGCAGGAGCUGGGUUCCCCGUGCUCCGUGACGCCCUUCCUCUUCCCGAACCGAGCGCGUCCGAGGAAGCGGACGAAUAGAAUGACCCUGAGUAAGUGCCUGAAGCUGAUGUGCGCCGGGGACCCCGAGCAACUCUUCUGGCAGAGUGUCCGGCUACAGCUGGGUCCGCCUUGCAGCUUGAGGAAGGCAGGCGGCUCCCCGAAGGACUGCACGAUAUAGUUCAUAUAGAUAAUGUAAUGAAAUGCAGGCACGCUCACACACACAUAAACACACUAUAUUUGUCCACUCACACACACGUGUGUGUGUGU